CGUCACAGUUGCGACUUGGAAACCUCAGUUCGAAACCCGCUUAAAACAAAACCAAAAAGAAAAAUGGGAGCAUCAUUUGCAAAACUUAAUUGUUGUACAAGAAUAAGCAAAAACAAGGUUGGAGUGAUUUCUAGUUCUUUCGAGAUAAUCAAUAGAUAUGAAACUCGACCAUCGACAGAAAUAUUGCAGGAGUUACAGAGUGUUGGGAUAAUAUCAGAACGUUCCGGUGGCGUCAGAUUUGUUGUUGAGACGUUAACAGAAAGUGAGAUGACAAAGCCCAGGAGACUUCCGUCUAUCUCUAUUUCUAAUGACACACCUAGAAGAUUCACUGAUAAAUCCAGGGCUAGUACGUCAACAGAUAUAUAUGAUAAUGAAGAUAAGGGACUUAUGGUCGAGAUUCGACGCAUGGAUGCCUUGGCUGAUAAAGGAAAAAUGGCUAAAUAAUCAGAAAGAAGAAGCCAGGAAGCAAAAGCAAGAAGAGACAAGCGACUAAAAGAAAAAAUCAGAAGAACGGAAAAAAAAUUAAGGAGAGGAAAUAGAACAGAAGAAGGUAACCAAGGAGCUAUCCAUCAGACUAAAAGAGAAAAGAGAAAAAGACCUGCAAGAGAACCAAGACCAAGACCAAUCCAACCUAUUGUU